AUGCCGCACGUCCAACCUCCCCUCCUGGCUCCCACAGUCGCGAGUACCAUCGCCGCGCAGUCACAGCUCACCCACGAGCCAUCAGGGAAGACCGAGACCGCCCUCUUCGCAUCAGGCUGUUUCUGGGGUACGGAACACAUCUUCCGCCAGUAUUAUGAUGGUCGAGGGCUUGUGGAUGCCAGAGUCGGGUUCACGGGUGGGGAUGUGAAGGAUCCGGGGUAUAGGAGGGUGUGUCAGGGCGAUACGGGACAUGCCGAGGCUUGUAAGGUCGAGUUUGAUCCUGGGCUCGUUAGCUUUGCUGAGCUGGUUGAGUUCUUCUACCGGUCGCAUGAUCCUACUACCCUCAACCGGCAAGGGGGCGACAUGGGCACCCAAUACCGCUCCGCGAUCUUCUACACCACUCCCUCCCAGAAGUCCACCGCGGAGGAAGUGACCCGCCAGGUGCAGGAAAAACACUUCUCACCGAAGGGCAAGGAGAUUGUCACGCAGAUCGUGGAGGCUGGACAGUGGUGGGAUGCGGAGGAGUAUCAUCAGUUGUAUUUGGAGAAGAACCCCAAUGGGUAUCAGUGUUCGACCCAUAGGAUCUGGUUUUGAGGGAAGGCGUUGUUGUUUGAUUAGAAUACAGAGUACAGCUUGCUCAGUUUCAUGUAUGAAGUACGAAUACAGACCUAAAUGUUCCC